CAUGUUGUGGCCAAAUGCUACAGUUUGUUUACAUGAUCUUGACAAAAGAUGUUCCUGAUAUUACUCUCCACUGCUAUGUGUGAUCACAUACUACAAGGAGUUUUUGAUACAGAGAGCACACUUUUGAUUAAAUUUACUGCCCAGUCUACAAUUGCUACAGCAUAAGAUUUAUUAGCACUGGCUCCUUCAAACAUCAAUUCACCUGCCACAUUUCAGCAAUUGGUCAGAAUUCAUUCACCGUCACGGCGGCAUACUUUGAAUUUCCUGUCCUGCUACUGUACAGUCCAUCCAUCAUAAGCAGAAUAUAUUUAUACCAUAAUGUGUCACAGGAGCUGACACUACUGACAUUACUCGACUGUUUCUAAUUCGCACUUCCUGACGCAUCUGUCCGGUGUUUGAUUUCACCUCGUGUGGCUCAUGUUGCCACAGCUCGGGUCGUGAAGGCCGGGAGCAGUGGAAUCACGACUGAAAUCUGCCUUCCCCCUGUCCACACUUGCCAAAUAUAUACCCUCCUAAAGUAAAUAUAAUCCUGUCUGCAUCCAUGUGGAUAAGGCCACUACCUGCUCAGCAGUCGGACACUCAGUAGGCAGCUUGGCUCCUCGGAGACUCGCUCGUUCUGAGCUCUGCUGAACUUGAUCUGAACUUGCACAGCCAUGGGGGACUGGAACCUGCUGGGAAAGCUUCUGGAAAAAGCCCAGGAGCACUCCACCGUGGUGGGGAAGGUGUGGCUCACUGUCUUGUUCAUCUUCCGCAUCCUGAUCCUGAGUGCUGCCACAGAGAAGGUGUGGGGCGACGAGCAGUCGGGCUUCACCUGCGACACCAAGCAGCCUGGUUGUGAGAACGUCUGCUAUGACAUCACUUUCCCCAUCUCCCACGUCCGCUUUUGGGUGCUGCAGAUUAUCUUUGUGUCCACACCUACGCUAAUCUACCUGGGACACAUUCUCCAUCUGGUGAGGAUGGAGGAGAAGCACAAAGAGAAAGAGAAGGAGAGAGAAAAGGAAAAUGCACAUCAUUCAGACAAACAGGCCCUCAUUGGGGAUGCUAAGCACAAGAAAGCUUUGAUAAGGGAUGACAAGGGACGAGUGCGCCUGCAGGGGGAGCUCUUGCGCACAUAUGUCUUCAAUGUAAUCUUUAAGACUCUGUUUGAGGUGGGCUUCAUCGUGGCCCAGUACCUCUUGUAUGGCUUCGAGCUGAAACCCAUGUAUACAUGUGACAGACCACCCUGCCCCAAUGUGGUGAACUGCUACAUAUCCCGGCCCACAGAGAAAACCAUCUUCAUCAUCUUCAUGCUGGGAGUGGCCAGUGUUUCUCUGUUCCUCAACCUCAUAGAGAUCUACCACUUGGGCUUCACCAAGUGCCGCCAGGGCAUCACCUUCAGGAGAGGUGGCAUGUCCCCUGAGGGUAUCUCCAAGGAGCCCAGUGAGGCGGCGGUGCCAUUUGCGCCCAGUUACGAAGACUACUUCCAUGGGAACCGCCAAGUCCAGCCUUCUUACCCACCGGUACCCAGCUACAACCUGUCCCCACUGUCUGCCGGCACAGACUCGUCCUUCCACCCCUACCACAGCAAGGCGGCCUACAAACAGAAUAAGGAUAACUUGGCAGUGGAGAGGAGUAGCAGCAAGCCAGAGGAAUGUGACCUGAAAGGGAAGAAGGGAGCAGGAUCGGCCCCUGGGUCACCUACGCAGGCCAGGCCCGGCCAUGGUGCCAAACACAGCAACAACAAGACUAGAAUAGACGAUCUGAAGAUAUGAGGAGGUUUAUGUUUCUCUGAGGGGUCUUAAAUUGCUGAGAGGGGAUCAUAUGUUGUUUGGACACAUUCAUACAUGCUGUACCGACUCCUCUCUUAAAGAUGGCACAGGUUUGACUCAUUCCAGCUUAGAGGGGAGUGACAUUUAUCGGGCACACAGAGGACCUUCAAGUGUACUGUAAUGUAUAAAGACUGAUUUCUGUUGAACUUUCCCAUUCAAAGAAAAUCUGCUGUCAUUUAAUCCUUUACUGAGAACUUUUAAUUCUGGGAAACCUAAUUGGAUUUUGACAUUUGUGUUUUCUGUAUUCAAAUUCCAACUUACGACUAACAUUGAACAAAGACAACAACAAAAAAAAAUACAAUUUGCUCAGGUUUAUAUUGAGCUCUUUUUUUAUUUUAUUGUUUCAAUGCGUGAAAAACCCCAGAAUUCAGGGCAGGAACUUGUUCAGCACUGACCUGACCUCAUUUAAGGGAAAUCAGAUAGGGUGAAUAGUUAAAUUUAACUUCCUCCAACAGUUUUGAGGUCAUCAUCUAGCAUAGUUCACUUGCAUAGACUUGAAGCGAAGAGUUGUGCAAUACCUGACAACACAUUACACACUGGAAUCUGUAUUUAUUCCAGAAAAACAAAUUGCACUGGUCUCAGGAGUUCCCACAUUUGUACUGUCUUCUUUUUUUUUUUAAUUGCAACAGCCCACUAGUACAUAAUUAUAAGCACAUUGUUUUGUUUAUCCCUGUUUAGAUCUGUAUUUGUGUCGUUUGUUUCCUGUAAAGCACUUGGGUGACAACCAUGUUUGAAAAACUGCUUGAAAAUAAACCUGUCUUAAAUUUGCA